UAUUUUAUUUAUUUUUAUUGCCGAUCGAGAUAGGGAAUCAUAAAAUUCUGAAUUUCUUCUUUCUUCUUUCUUCAACUCUCUAAUCGUAUCCUCCAAUACAACCCAAUUUCCAGCGCUUAAAAUUUCUAGGGUUUUCAAUAAUUAAAUCUUUGCUUCGUGAUGGUUUUAUCACAGAAGCUCCAUGAAGCCUUUAAAGGUGCAGUAGAGAGGGUUACAGGACCUCGUACUGUUUCAGCAUUCAAAGAAAAGGGAGUUCUUAGCGUUAGUGAAUUUAUACUUGCUGGUGAUAAUCUUGUAUCAAAGUGUCCUACUUGGUCAUGGGAAUCUGGUGAGCCAAGUAAGCGUAAACCGUACUUACCACCUGGAAAACAAUACCUGAUCACUAGAAACGUGCCUUGCUUAAGAAGGGCUGCGUCUAUAGAGGAAGAAUACGAAGCAGCAGGAGGUGAAGUUCUACUUGAAGAUGAAGAUAAUGAUGGCUGGCUGGCAACCCAUGGAAAUCCAAAAGAAACAAAGAGCAGUGAUGAGGAAAACUUGCCCUCAAUGGAGAAUCUGGAAAUAAGCAAGAAAAACAAGACUAUUCAGUCGAUCUCCUCAUACUUCGGUGCUGGGGAGGAAGAAGAAGAUAUACCAGAUAUGGAAGAAUAUGAAGACCCUGAUAACCUUAUCGAGACAGAUGCAGCAACUCUUCAAUCCAAUUAUCUUGUAGCUCAAGAACCGGAUGAUGACAAUAUUUUAAGGACUCGAACCUAUGAUGUUAGUAUCACGUAUGACCAAUAUUUUCAAACUCCUCGGGUGUGGCUCACUGGGUAUGAUGAGUCAAGGAUGCUUUUACAGCCAGAGCUCGUACUUGAAGAUGUUAGUCAAGAUCAUGCUCGCAAAACGGUAACUAUUGAGGACCAUCCUCAUCUGUCCGGGAAGCAUGCAUCCGUACAUCCUUGCCGCCAUUCGGCUGUGAUGAAAAAAAUCAUUGACGUGCUAAUGUCUCGAGGAGUUGAGCCUGAAGUUGACAAGUACCUCUUUCUGUUCCUAAAAUUUGUGGCUUCUGUGAUUCCAACUAUUGAAUAUGACUACACGAUGGACUUUGAUCUUGGGAGCAGCAGUCAUUGAUUGAGAUGAAGUGUGGAAAUGUACAGCAAUGGCUUUUGAUGUGCCUUCUUAGUCUGUUCUCUUGCACUCUGUACAUAUGAUUCUCUCACGUGUCAAUUACAACACCACAAUGAAGUCUUCUCCCAGCAGUGAUAUCUAUUCGAAGCAGUACUCAAUUUGAUCAAUCAUAGGGUUGUGCAGGUAUGGUGAUGUCUGGAUGCAAACUGAAGACUGCCUUUAACUAUUCUUGUAUCAGUGGAGUUAGCAAGUUUCUUUCUCCGUUUUACUUGUUUUAUGUUCGAUGUUUACAAUAUUCUGCACCAAGGAAAGUUUAUUGUGAGUGUUCUCGUGAUGGAUCUUUGAUACUACAUUAUGUUAAUUAUUCCCCUCUCAAUAGUGACAUCAUUUUACAGUGCAUAUCAUUUCAGAGGUUUGACAUAUCUUGGAAUGACGUCUGCAUUGUUAUGAGAACUAUCUUGUCAAUACACUCCUCCAUUUACCUUUUCAUUGUUUCAA